AUGAAGUUCACCCUAGGCCUGGGGUCGCGGGCGUGGAGAGUGUCCUGGGAGCGGGCGGCGGCGGCGGCGGCGGGCGGCGGCGCGCUCGGCAGCGGCUCACGGCGCUCUUCCAGCCCGCGGCCCGGCCGCCGCGGCUCUCGGCUCGCGCGCGCCCUCCCUCUAUGCCUCUCCCGCGGCGGCGGCGCCCCAGCUCUCCCGGACCGCGCCGGGCCCAGACCCGGCCGCCUCGGCGCCAGGCAGCCGGCCGGCCCGCGCGCCAUGGAGCAGACGUACGGCGAGGUGAACCAGCUGGGCGGCGUGUUCGUCAACGGCCGCCCCCUGCCCAACGCCAUCCGCCUGCGCAUCGUGGAGCUGGCGCAGCUGGGCAUCCGACCCUGUGACAUCAGCCGGCAGCUUCGCGUAUCCCACGGCUGCGUGAGCAAGAUCCUGGCGCGCUACAACGAGACGGGCUCCAUCCUGCCCGGGGCCAUUGGGGGCAGCAAACCCCGCGUCACUACCCCCAACGUGGUCAAGCACAUCCGGGACUACAAGCAGGGCGACCCCGGCAUCUUUGCCUGGGAGAUCCGCGACCGGCUGCUGGCCGACGGCGUCUGCGACAAGUACAACGUGCCCUCUGUGAGUUCCAUCAGCCGCAUCCUGCGCAAUAAGAUUGGCAGCCUGGCGCAGCCCGGCCCGUACGAGGCGAGCAAGCAGCCGCCGCCGCAGCCGGCGCUGCCCUAUAACCACAUCUACCAGUAUCCUUACCCCAGCCCCGUGUCGCCCACGGGCGCCAAGAUGGGCAGCCACCACGGGGUCCCGGGCACAGCGGGCCACGUCAGCAUCCCCCGUUCAUGGCCCUCGGCUCACUCGGUCAGCAAUAUCCUGGGCAUCCGGACGUUUAUGGAGCAAACAGGGGCCCUGGGGGGGAGCGAAGGCGCCGCCUACUCCCCGAAGAUGGAAGACUGGGCCGGCGUGAACCGCACGGCCUUCCCCGCCAGCCCAGCCGUGAACGGGCUCGAGAAACCUGCCUUGGAGGCGGACAUUAAAUACACGCAGUCGGCCUCCGGCCUCCCCGCGGUGGGCGGCUUCCUCCCGGCCUGCGCCUACCCGGCCUCCAACCAGCACGGUGUGUACAGCUCGCCGGCCGGCGGCUACCUCGCCCCGGGCCCGCCGUGGCCGCCGGCGCAGGGGCCCCCGCUGGCGCCCCCCGGGGCCGGCGUCACCGUACACGGCGGGGAGCUUGCUGCAGCCGUGACCUUCAAGCAUCCCAGCCGAGAAGUGGCCGACCGGAAGCCGCCCAGCCCCGGCGGCAAGGCCCCCGACGGCCUCGGGAGCUUACACGGACUGCCCGUCCCGGCCUCGACCUCCUAG